UAGGAUUUAUCCAAAAUUAGAGGAUUCUUGCAAAACAAACGAUUUUAAGAGUGAAAUGAAAAUGUUCUCAUGACGAAAAAGGAGAUUAGGAAGGAUAGACAGUUGUUGCGAGCGUUUAUAGUGGUGAUAGGCCCGGAAAAGUUGAGCUGAUCAGCUGGUGUUGAUCAGAUUUCGUGUAUCAUCAAUAUCAUGGACGUGUACUCUAUUACAAGUGUAAAUUAUAUACUUUUCUAUUUUUUCUUGUUAAUCUCAGGAACUUUUGCUGCUAAAACAAAAUGUGAGAUCUGCAGGGAUGUUGACAAGAAUUUUCACGAGGGAUUAAAGAAAACAGCCAAGUCUAACUUUGGAGGAGGCAAUACAAAAUGGGAAGAAAAAAGUUUAGGAAAAUACAGAUAUAGUGAAACAAGAUUGGUUGAAGUCAUUGAAAAUUUGUGUGAAAAUAGUGAAAAAGAAUGUCAUACUUUUGUUGAGGAACAUGAAGAAUUAGUGGAGAAAUUCUGGCAUUCUAUUUUUGCGAAGGAUAAAGGGCCAGAUUUCUUUUUGUGGCUCUGCAUCGAAAAUGUUAAAGUUUGCUGUCCAGAGAAUACAUAUGGCCCCAGCUGUAAAUCAUGUCCAGGGGGGACAAAGUCUCCGUGUGGAGGAAACGGAAAGUGUGAUGGGGCGGGUACCAGAAAAGGAAAGGGCACCUGUUCUUGUGAUGCUGGUUACCAAGGUGACAUGUGUGACAGCUGUUCUGAUGGACAUUAUGAGGAAGUAAAGAAUGAAACUCACACUAUCUGUAAAGCUUGUGAUGCAUCCUGUAAAUCCACUUGUUGGGAGGCUGGUCCUAAAGGAUGUGAUGAAUGUAAUGAAGGCUGGAAGGCUUCUGAGGAAGAAGGAUGUGUAGAUGUGGAUGAGUGUGUCAGUGAUACUACAAAGUGUUCAGAUGAUGAAUACUGCUCUAAUACCGUCGGAUCAUUUUAUUGUGGGAAAUGCCACACAGCAUGUAAAGGCUGUAAACAGUAUGGACCAGACCAAUGUAAGGAGUGUUCAGACGGGUAUAAACUGUUGGAUAAUACCUGUACAGAUAUAGAUGAAUGUUUUGAGGACACGAAUCUAUGUGCUGGAGAAAACAGACAGUGUGUAAACAGUCCAGGAAGCUACUCCUGUACGUGUAAUGAAGGCUUUAUAGAACAAGAGGACAAGUGUGUCCCUAAACCAAAAGAUGUACCCAAGCAGUCAAAAAAGAAGAAAAAAUCAAAAAGUGUAUGGUCCAAGGUUUAUGCUUUUGCUACAAAAGCUUCCAUGUUAAACUUUCUCUUGGUUUUACUUCUGUUUGUUUUAAUUGGUCGCCUCUUCAAAGGGGAGGUGUUAGUAAUUCUAAUAUUGUCAGUGUUGUAUCUCCAGUAUUUAUUAUGGUUUUCAUCAAAAAGUGAGAAAUCCUGAUUGUUAAUGAUAGAACAGUGUUUUUCAUAUUAUUUAAACUUUGGCAGAUCUCAUUUUCAAUUUUUGUUCUUGUUACAUGUGUGUAGUGAGUAUUUAUGUGUUGUGAUCAUCUAAGAAUGAAUCAUGUACAGAUCUUUCAUUAGAUAAUGAUUAUUAAUUCAUGUUUGGGUGAUUGUUUAUACAUGUAUUUGUAAUGUAAUAAUUUCUCCUGAUUAAAGCAUACUUGUAUGUCAAGAAUGAUAUUUCACAUACAGUUAUGGGUCAUAAAUGCAAUUGGUCGUAAAAGUUACUGCACAGUAAAUUAAUGUUUAAAGAAUAAAAUAAAUAAUGCAC